CAGCCACUGCGAGCGCAGCCCAGCUGGGCCGCGCCCUUCCGCGGGGGCGGCAGCGGUGGCCGCGCCGCGGCGGCGGGAGGGCAGGAACUCCAUGAAGGUGUUCUCCUUCCAACGAUUUCACUGCAGCCAAAAUGUGGAGGGCAGUGGCUAGUGUCCUGCCAAGGGCCAAAGUCCCUGGAGGCAGGGUGUGCUGCCUGCUGCUGGCACAGAAGGGCAGGAGCCUGCUUACCCGGAGCACUCAGCACUGCUGGCAGAGCCCUGCUUUGGGGUUCCACACCACUCAGCUGCUCAGUAUGAAAGCCUUGAUACAGAAGGUGGAAGCUCUGGACAAGGGCCACUUUGUCCGUGUGGAGUGGGAGGACGGGAGUGAGAGCCACUACCCCUGCGUCUGGCUGAGGGACAACUGCCAGUGUCCCCGCUGCUUCCUGCGCUCGGCUGGGGCACGCAGGCUGCUCUUCGAGGACCUGGACGUGAACAUCGUGGUGAAGGAAGUCACUCUGGCAGACAGGAAAAAGGUCUCUAUCACCUGGCCUGAUGAGCACUCCAGUGACUAUGAAGCUGAGUGGUUGAGGAAACGUUGCUUCUCUGAAAAAGCCAGAGCAGAAAUGAGAGAAGAUUUGUUUUUACCAGAGCACCAGUACUGGGGCUCAGACCUGCAGCUUCCCAAAAUGCCAUUUGAAGAAGUCCUGUACAAUGAUGAAAGUGCCUACAAGUGGCUGUGCACCCUCAAGAAAGUGGGAAUCGUGCUGCUGACAGGAGCUGCUGCUAGGGAGGGAGAGCUGCUUAAACUUGGCCACAGGAUUGGCUUCCUGCGUCUCACUUUUUAUGGACCAACUUGGCAAGUGCAAGACAAAGCAGAUGCUAACAAUGUGGCUUAUACAACUGGGAAGCUGUGUUUUCACACUGAUUACCCUGCUCUGCAGCAUCCACCCGGGGUUCAGUUUCUCCACUGUAUAAAGCAAACAGCUGCAGGAGGGGAAAGUGAAGUUGUAGAUGGGUUUCACGUAUGCAGCAAGCUGAAGGAGCAAAAUCCUCAGGCCUAUCAGAUCCUGUCCUCUACCGCUGUAGACUAUACAGAUGUUGGAGUCGACUUCUGUGAGUUUGCCGUGCAAUGUAAACAAAGGAUUAUAGAUGUGGAUGCCAGAGGCCAAGCAGUUCGCAUCAAUUAUAAUAAUGCAACAAGAGACACAGUGUUUGACAUCCCAGCUGAAAAAGUGAGGCCCUUUUAUGCAGCCCUGAAGGAAUUUAAUGAUUUAUUAAACAGCACAGAGCACAAGUUUACUUACAAGCUGAAACCAGGAGACGUGGUGACGAUGGACAACUGGCGCGUGCUGCACGGGCGGCAGAGCUACCCGCCGGGGGCAGAGCUGACUCGGCACCUGGAGGGCGCCUACGCCGACUGGGACGUGGUCAUGUCGCGGCUCCGGCUCCUCAGGAGGAGGGUCCUCGGCAGGGACUGAGCUUCCUUCAACUCGAGUGAACAAAGCCCACAGUGUCUAACCUCACAACCAACAGCUGCUUAGUGUGUGUUCAGAAACUAAUACAGCUUCAUAGAUUCACAGAAUGGCUUAGGUUGGAAGGGACCUUAAGGAUCAUCCAGUUCUAAACCCCCUGCCGUGGACACCUCCCACUAGAUCAGGUCGCUCACAGUCUCUUCCAGCCUGGCCUUGAACAUCUCCAGGAAGGAGGCAUCCACAACCUCCCUGGGCCACCUGUGCCAGUGUCUCCCCACCCUCACUGUAAAGAAUGUCUUCCUAAUCUCCAGUCUAAAUCUGCCCUCCUCAAGCCCAUUAGGCUCAGGCUGUAUUGAUAAAGGAGGUGAGCAGGUAACAUAUUGUGCUCUGCUCUUGUAUUCGUGCUUGCUUGCUGCUGCCAUCGCUCUCUGCUUCUGGCAGCGUUUUGCCUCACUGCAUCCUGCCAUGCUUGACAGCAUCAUGCUUUGCUAAGCUAUAAGACAACUCUGCUGAAGAGUAAGAAACCCUGAUGCUUUGGGCAUGGACUGCCUAGAAACUUCCUGCCUUGAGUUUACCAGGAGUAGGCACCAAAUACUUUCACGCAAUAGGCCUGUGUAGCCAGCACGACUAAGACUGCACACUAGAAGACAUCCUGCCUAUACCUGCCAAGACAAGGAGCCCUGGAGGGGACACAGACAUCAUCCAGAGGAGCCAGAAUAAGGUCAGAGAUCAUCUGCCUCCUUUCUCCAGCAUCCUGUGAAGCCUGGGAAGAGUCAGAAAGCUCAGCAGCUGACAAGACACCAACAGAACCCUCUGCAAGUACUGUCUGAAGCUGUAGCUAGUCCCUGAGAAUCACCAGACUAAUGCUUUGUGAGUAAAUACCUAAAGCCUCUUGUAAUUCACUAAUUGUCUUCUACCAUAAGCAAAUAGGAGUUCCUGAGUCCUUCUAGUGGGCAAGUGGUAAAACUGACCACAGGAACCUUCUCUUUUCAGUUCAAUCGAGUUAGUGUUUGCAUUAUUGCUAGUGAUUUGUUCUAGAUCCAGUUAUUCCUUUAUGUAAGCCUUUCCAUAGCCAUGCAGAGAACCAAGUCUGGGGGAGGUGAGACUCCUAAAUAUCAAAAUUAAUAAAUAAUCCUUUUCUCUUUUUUUUUAACUCC